AGGAUUGUUCGGUAGCCCAGUAUCGACGUCCAUCAUACCAACUGAAAAGGAAAGUAUCAACAACAACAAUCAAGAAACUGCAAAAAUGCCGCUCGACCCUAUGGAUUCUUUGUGGUGAGCGAUCGGAAAAAAUUAUAAACGGGAGAAAAUGUUGGGAAAAUGAAAAAACAGGCGCUUCUAGAUGAUUAUAGUUCAGUGAUUGACGAACACAGGAUUAAAGCUGAAAAUAGCUACGCCUCUUGAGAAAAAAAAAGAAAAUAGUGAUCGCAAGAAACGCCUGUGUCGUAAACACCGUGAAACACAUGACGAGAAGAGUUUGGGGACCAGCGGUUGCAGGAGAGUGUGCAAAGUGCAGAGAAACGGGUAUUUUUCUGGAGAAAAUUCUAUUUUCGAGUAGCUUCUCUGUUGGUUGGUCAAUAGACGGUGACUAAUUGAUAGCAGCACAGCGACAAAUAAGAAUGGCGAAAUAAUAACGAAUAUUAAUUUGAUAAAAGUGAUGGGAAGGGGGUUGUUUAUCAAUCGGCUUCUCCCCACUCGGCGAGCAUCAAAUCAUAGACCACAUCGGAAAUUGUUCGGUUUUUAUUUUUAUUGCAGCAAGCCGGCCCAUUCCUGAAACUGUAAACAAGUAAAACAUAUGAACUUUGCCUAUUCAACCCCUCUAACACUAUCCAGCAGCAGCAGGGGACCGAAGACCGCCAGAAUGGGCACACAGGACUUGUUUACGGGUUGAGGCACUGGGCGCGCGCGCGCAUGUGCAAAUUCACGUGGUCACAUGCGAGUAGAGAGCUUUCUCUCUCCCACCCCCUAUCUCGCCUUAAAAACAAGUCGGUAUACGAUAGUGGAGACAUAGUGUUGUGCUCUAGACGCAGACAUGGAAGGCGACGGGCCGGGUAUAAAUAGGCCUGUGGGUGGGUCCCAAUUCAAAUCAUUUCUUACUGCUGAAUACUUCUCACCGCCGCAACAACACACGAAUCUAUAUUUCAGGAUGUCCAAGGCUCCACAAAUUCGCCCAGACUACGACACUGAUUGCCUCUGGAAGCCGCCAACUCGUUCGGCACGCGUCCAGAAAGAAAGAACCAUUUCGAUGGAUUCCACCGACUCGGAGAUCGGCGCACUUGGUGGACGCAAGUUCUCGACGAACGAGGGCGCCAGCCCUGCACCGACUUCUCCAAUUGAUGCACAACCACGUGCUCGUCGUAUGUCAAUCUCCGAAAUGCUGUUCGGAUCGUCGCCAAAGAGCUUCUCAUGGGGAAUGGAAUCCAACACAACCAACACCACUACUACUUCCAACUCUGGUGGUGGUGAUAUUGGAGAAAGGAAGAUGUCUAUCACUGAUGACCCACGCUUCAAGGACUUCAUGAAGCAUCAGAGCAAGAUCAUCGGUGACGAUGGCAUCUCGGCCGCUGGCUUCAAGCGUAGCAACUACAUGAAAGACUGAAUAAGAGCCCCCAUUCAGGAUGUAAUAAUUUAUGUUGAUUUAUUUCUCGUUUUCCCCUCUUGGAUUAUCAUUUUGAUGAUUAUUAUCAAAUUUCCCACUCAAAUGUUUGUUUCUGUUACUUCUCUCCCCCACCCUUUCCAGAACCCUCCGGUUCUCUCUGUAAAUAUGCCCAGUCGUGCAGAGUUCUCUUGGAUCUGCAAUAUCGUUGUCAACUAGAGUAGCUCACGCUUUUCCCAUACUGGUUCCGUCAAACAAACAAAAAAACCAUGGAUUGUAUAUAGCCCAUUCUUUAAAAACUGUUUUCCCGUUUCGUUUUGUUUCUUUUUUUUUGUAUUUCUCUUCCACUGAAAAACUUUCCCGCUUCCCACCACCGAAUUCCGCAUUAUGGCAUGUAAAUAAACUGAAAAUAAGGGAAA